CCCUCAAUAGUUUUUGAACAGACCAAUGUUCACAAGGUGCCAUGCCACAACAUUUCCACAUUUCCGACAGCGAUAAGGACUGAGACAUGAUGAUGACAGAAGUACCUGGACCCAGCUAUCAGGUGGCCAGCGGGACCACAGCCAAGCGCUCCACUCCUGAUCCAGACAACUUCUCUUCAAACAUAGACCCUGCUAACAGUCUGAGUGAGCUGCAGCUCCAUGCACUCAGAUUGAUUGAAUCCUUAGAUGAACUAAGACAGCGAAAUGAGCUUUGUGAUGUUAUCUUAUCAGUAGACGGACAGGAUAUUCCUGCCCACAGGGUGGUUUUAGCCGCUGUCAGCCCAUACUUUAAUGCCAUGUUUACUCAUAAAGUCAAAGAAUCCAGAGAAUACAUUGUUAAACUAAAGGACAUGGAAGCCAAUGCCAUCGAAGAGAUUGUCAAGUUUGCCUACAAGGGCCAUGUGCAGGUAACCCAAGAGAACGUACAGGCCAUCCUGAAUGCAGCAAGUCUGUUACAGUUAAACAAAGUACAGGACAUUUGUUGUGACUUUCUGAAGAAAGAGCUAGAUCCUUCCAACUGUCUGGGGAUCAGAAACUUUGCGGGUACGAGAGGUUGUUUUGACUUGAAGAACACGGCAGACAUGUUCACACAGCAGCAUUUUGAGGAGGUGUGUCAACAUGAGGAGUUCUUACAGCUUCCAAAAGAACAGUUAAUAAACCUGAUCGAACGCGAUCAUCUCAACGUUAAACAGGAAGAGUGUGUGUUCCUUGCGGUUAUCAAUUGGGUCCGUUAUGAUCCAGAGACUCGCGCCGAUCAGUUGGCUUCUGUGUUGGAAUACGUUCGUCUCCCGCUGGUUUCGUGGGAGUUUCUGACUAAGAAAGUUGUGGCAGAAGAGUUAGUUUCUGGACGAGAAGACACGAGGAAGUACCUGAAUGAAGCUCGUCAGUACCACGCCAGACACUACCAUGUAGACCUGAGGCUGUCCCAGGUGCUGAACCUGCGCACCUGUCCACGGUUGUCUUUUGGACAAGCUGAGUACAUCUAUGUUAUUGGAGGAGAAACUGUUGGAAGAGAGACGAUCCGGUCUGUAGAGAGGUACAGCCCCCAUCGUGACAUGUGGAGCACGGUUACUCGCCUGUCCUCACCCCGCAGAGGUGCAGGCGCUGCAGUCAUUGACAAGCUGCUGUAUGUGGUGGGAGGGUCAGAUGGGCUGUGGGCACUCAGACAAGUGGAGGUGUUUAACCCACAGACAGAAGAGUUUGUUCCUGCAGCUGACAUGUUGGAACAGCGCAGUAGUGUGUGUGUGCUGUCCUAUAACAGCCGGCUGUACGCCUGCGGAGGGUACGAUGGCAGCUCCAGUCUCAGGUCAUGUGAGAGGUAUGAUCCCAACUACAACGAAUGGACCAAGAUCGCAGAAAUGAGCAGUCGUCGCAGCAUGGCCGGGAUUGCUUCCCUGGGUGUGUACAUAUACAUCGCAGGGGGUUAUGACGGCACAUCAGACCUGAGUACAGUGGAGAGGUAUAACACACAGCUGAAUGAGUGGAGUCCUGUGGCCUCCAUGAGAAGCCGACGCUCCAUGACUGGUCUGGCAGCGCUCAACGGGAAACUGUACGUGGUGGGAGGCUGUAACAGAAGUGCAUGUUUACCUGAUGUGGAGAUGUAUGACCAGUCCCUGGACGUGUGGACGGUGGUGGCUGGCAUGUGUGUUCCCCGCAGCGGUGUGGGCGUGGCCGUGUUAGGACAGACCCUGUACGCGCUGGGAGGGUACGACGGGAACGACUACCACAGCAGUGUGGAGGUGUACGACCACGUCACCGACAAAUGGGAGGUCUCUUCUCACAUGGCUGUAGGACGCAGACGUUUUGGUUGUUGUUCUUGACUACAAGUAGAUGAGGAUCUUAGUUGAGUACUUAUAACAGGGGGUGCCCUAACAUUGGACGCUUUUUCACGCGCUCGAACUCACGGCACUCUAUCGCUAUAGUUGUCAGAGAGUGGUCAGGUUUUGAUGAAUGUAUUUUGAGAACAUUAAUGUAAACAACAUACUUGGAUAAGAAAUUCAUUCAUACUAAUCAUAAGCUCUUCUCGCUCCGUGUUACAAGUGACAAACUCUGUGAGAUUUUUUCGUGAAUGUACCUUCGUGAAUGCGGCUACACUAGACAGUGUGCCCUAACUUCGGACACUUUGGUUAUUUUGUUCUCUUUACACGAUGAUGAAAUUAAGUAAUUUAAACAAAAAUAAGAAUAGAAUUUUAUGACAUGUUAACUUUAUUUGGACAGUAAAAUGGUGAUUGGUUGUACUUCUCGAGGAGGGUAGUAUUUAAUGCAAUCGGUCCGUGUUUCUACUGAAAACCCAGCUUACGCAGUCAAUGUGGUCCCAUGGGAAUCAUGGGAAAUGCAGACGACAAUGGUGUUGAUGUUGUUUUUCGGGGGUCGGUUUUCUACUAAACAAAGACUCAGAGAUUCAAAUAUUUACUGUUUUGUAAAGCUUUAUUCCUUGACUGUGUAUAUGGCAGUUGUGUCAUUCUCAAAUCUUGGUACAGGUCUAUUUCUGGGCACGAGCCGCCGCAAUGCAGUGACCUACUUUCCAGUGCCAUUGUUAUGAUUGGUGAAAAUGACCUAUUUUUUCUCUUUUUCGAGUAAACGAUAAAUGAAUAUAUAGAACUAUAAUUUGCAUGCAAAUAACAGCAGUACGCAUAUUGACUAUGUUUAUUUUCCUUUUUAAUUAGCGAAGUUAGUGGCAAC